GCCUUCGAAGCGUUGGUACUACGUCAGGCUGAAUAAGCUCAUAAAUCUUCUCCUUCUCUAUCAACAGUGCAUCGGCAAUCGAGUCAAUAUCUCUGGUGAUUCCAAAAACACACAAAAUAUUUUCAACAAAAUCUAUUUUCAUAUCCGCCUUUUCCCCAAGAAUAGCAAAUAAUCGACAUCAUCAAAAUGGCGAAAAUCCGUCCUGCCCCAAUCAAGUCUUUGGAAGCUUACAAGCACAUUUCCCCGGCUUCUGGGCUGCCAACUACAAUCCACCCCAAUUAUAAUCCCAAGAUUAAGGAUCAUGUUCCCCCAGAGCCUCAUCACGAGGAAUUCACACCUCCAAAAGAUCGGGGCUCGUUUGCCGAUCCAAACAAAGAGUCCCUCUUCUCUGUUGCUACGCCCGUCGAUGUGACUGAGAGCAUUGGUACCGAGCUCAAGAAUGUUCAAUUGAGUCAAUUGAAUGAGAAGCAGUUGGAUGAGCUUGCUGCCCUCGUCAACGAACGAGGUGUAGUCUUUUUCCGAGACCAGGACCUGACAACGGAGCGCCAAGUUGAAAUCUUUGAACACUUUGGAGUGCUAGAUGUUCAUCCUACGCAAAAGGAUACAAAACAUUUUAUUGUCGGCGGAAACAAUGCGGAUUGGCGCACCCUUCUGCAAUACACACCAUGGCCAAUGAAUGACUUUCAUUCUGAUACAAGCUUCGAACUUAACCCUCCUAGUUAUUCUCUUCUUCGCAUGGAGGAAUGUCCCGACGUUGGCGGCGACACGGCGUGGGUAUCCGGAUACGGCCUCUAUGAUGAGCUUAGCCCUUCGAUGCAAAAGCUCCUGGAAGGUUUACACGCCGUGCAUACUUCUCGUUUGCAAUACGAGACAACCAUUGAUUACUUUGGUGACGAACCCCGUCGCCCGCCCAUUGACACCCACCACCCUGCGAUCCGCACGCAUCCCGUCACCGGCCUCAAGUCCCUCAAUGUCAAUCUUGCGUAUUGCACAGGAUUUGCCGAACUCAAAAAGGCAGAGUCUGAUGCUCUUCUGCAGUUCCUGAACUUGUUAAUUCAUAGCUCAGACGACCAUUAUGUCCGAUGGAAAUGGCAAGUGGGCAGUAUCGCGCUCUGGGACAAUAGAACCUGCCUUCAUCGCAUCAUUCCAGGCCACUACGCAACAGGCAAGCGAAGAGGUAUCAGGACCACAGUCUUUGGAGAAAAACCAUUUUAUGACCCAGAGAGUGAAGGUCGUCAGCAAAGAGAGGAGCGUCUCCAGGCACAAAACGGUAAAUAGCUUUGAUCGCGACCAGCGGCCAAGUCCACCGGUGAUAGAUAGA